UCCAAGUUGACGAGCGCUUUGCUUGUGUUCUUGUUUGAAUUUUAGCAUGCCAUCCUCAGUCACACUUUCUGAUUUUGUUCAAUGUCGCGCUACGGUGCUCGUGCAGUGGAGCUGCUGAAGGAGUUUCGGCGCUCGGAAGCGAACUUUCUCAUCGGGCCUUACAACGAAGAUGCUGUGCGUCGCAUUGUCCAAGAAGUCGACGAGCUCUACGCCGAGUGUCUGCGCAUUUCAGAAGCAAUGAAGCGGACGCCUGAAGAAAUCCCGGCCUUGACGUCCGCUCUGACUGUUCACCAUAGCGCAAUGCAGCGAAACAAGCGCUGCUUGCUGGCAUACCUUCAAGCUCGCGUGCUGCAAAUAGAGCAAGUACGAUGGGAUUUCGGCCAAGCACCGCCAGCAAGUGUACGCGACAGCUAUAGCCCAUUCGAGCAGCAGUACAUGAGUCAAUAUAACCAAAUACUACAGACGUACAUGGGUUCUGUGCAAUGCACACUGACAGAGGACUUGAAUCCUCCGAAAGAUCUGCUGGCAGAAGUCCGGUGCCUCACGAACGAAGGCGAGAUUGUCACAGAAAACGGCACAAUAGUGUUGCGAAAGAAUUCGACGCUCUUCCUCCGAAGAUCCGACGUCGAUAUGCUCAUUCGGCAAGGCCUUGUAGAGCAUGUGCACAGCACUGAUCGAUAGUUCGGUGGUGUUCUUGGACUGUUUUGCAUUGUGUUUCAGGCCUGCGUUUUUCGUUCACGUUUGUCCGUCCGUUCAUAAAGAAAGUUCCCUG